AUGCCUCUGCUCUAUGGGGAGGGACCAAAGACCUUUAGAAGACUUCAGGAAGAGAUCAUCAAGGCGUCUGAUGACCACAGCAUUCUUGCUUUUGACACGAAUCCGUCCGAUGGCACUCUUUUUGCCCACCAUCCCUCUGCUUUUGCCAAAGUCAAAGGACGCUCCAUCCACCCCAACUAUGGCCGCCGUCUUACACUGCCGUUCUCCAUGACGAACGCCGGCCUAGCCAUAACCACACCGCUUAUACAGACCCUGUCGCCCUACUGGGUGCUCGCUGUCCUUAACUGUGUCGAAGUUGACGCCACAAGUAAUAUGGUACGAUCCCAGAUCUGCUUGCCGCUCGUCGGGAAGGAUAACCAGUAUAUGCGAGCCCGAAUACCCAUCAGCCUCAUUAGCCGAGAUAUUGACGAUCCGGUGGCCCAAAUCGCCUUUGUCAGAAACGCCACAGGAAAGGAGAGGUACACCUCGGGCGUGUUCGACCUGACGAGCAGUUCCGAAAGAAGCUACUACAUCUCCUACUUCGGACGCGUAUACUCUGCUUAUGGCCGCCAGAUCGACGCAGCCAUGAGAGGGUUCGAAGUGUACCCACAGCCUGAAUACGGGCUCAUGAUCACAUUUCCUAGGGGGGUGGCCGGAUAUCAACUUCAUACCGCCCUGCCUAGAGGAGACUUGAGAGACGACAUCAGUUUCUUCAUUCCCACGUGUCGGUUUGUCCGGCCCUCCAGCAAUCCCUUCAUCGGAGAUUGCCAGAUAUCCAGUGGGAUAAUCAUCUUCAAAGAUGACAGCCUCCCGCACGACGAGCCAUCUCAAUGCGUCGGAAUAUACCUCGCCUUCGCGACCUCAACCGCAUAUACGCCUGCAAUCCUACCGCUACGCAGGACAUUUUGGGAUGGGUAUGAAGACCCACUGCGAUGGUCUUGUGGCGUAUCUCCCAUUCGGGAGUUCGAUAACAGAACAGACGCUGAGGAGGUUCUAGCCAGAGCGAAUCAAGAUGUUUUCCAGAAUCACUCGCCGCGUUAUUAUCAAUACGAGAACACCAUUGUGUCAGCACGGACGAGGUUCCAGACCCCGAGGGGGGAACCAUGUAGAGACACAGUUAUGGUGGAAAUUGUGUUUGAUGCGGACGAGUUAGUCAGGGAGAGGGAUGCCGAGGAGAGAGAUUUCGAGUAG